CCCAUUUCUCUUCUUUCCCAAAUCUCUCUCUCUUUCUAUUUCUUCACUCCUUUCUUCACUUUCAUAGUUUCACUUUCCACUUUCUCUUCAAUCUUUCCUCAAACCCUAAAUCUCCAUUAAUACUUCUUUUCCUCUAAAAACCAAAACUUAUUUCCUUUCAAAACAAUGCUUAAAUCAUCCAUACUAAUCCCAUCCCUGACACUCCUAAUCUCAAUCCCAAUCAUCUUCUUAUUAGCACCAAAAAUCCUCCCAACGCGCCAAAUCUCGAUAUCCGUGUCGGAGGAGCUCGAAGAUCUAUCUCUAUUCCAAAAAGCAAUAUCCGCCGAAACAUUUUCCCCAAAAUACCCUUCCCGUAACAAACUCAAACUUGGGUCCACUACAGUACGCCCACCCAAAAUUGCAUUUUUAUUCCUAACAAAUUCAGAUUUAAAAUUCUCAUCAUUAUGGGAAAAAUUCUUUAAUACCACAAAUGGGACCCACCACUCAUCACAUUUAUACAACAUUUACAUACAUGCUGAUCCAUUUAUUAAAAUUACACCAUUAAGUGGUGUUUUCAAAGACAGAUUAAUUCAGGCUAAACGUACUCAACGUUCAUCACCUACAUUAAUCUCAGCAGAAAGGAGAUUACUAGCUCAUGCAUUACUUGAUGAUCCAUCAAAUUACUAUUUUGCCCUUAUUUCACAACAUUGUAUACCAUUGCACUCUUUUAAUUAUUUUUACAAUUUUUUACUUGAUACCCAAAAAUUGUCUAGGAAAAUGGAGUUUCCUAGUUAUGUUGAAAUAUUAGAUGAAUCUGAUUCAUUAUUAAAGAGGUAUAAUGCUAGGGGUAAAGGUGUAAUGUUACCUGAAGUUAAGUUUGAUGAGUUUAAGGCUGGUUCACAGUUUUUUGUACUUACAAGAAAGCAUUCUUUAAUGGUUAUUAAAGAUAGGAAAUUAUGGAGGAAAUUUAAGAAAACAUGUAUAGAUGUUCAGUCUUGUUAUCCUGAAGAACAUUAUUUUCCAACUUUGUUAUCAAUGGAAGAUCCAAAUGGUUGUACUAAGUAUACAUUGACAAGUGUUGAUUGGACUGAUAUGGUUGAUGGUCAUCCACAUACUUAUCAUCAAAGUGAAGUUUCGAGACAGUUGAUUUAUGAUCUAAGGAAGUCGAAUUCAAGUUAUGAUUAUAUGUUUGCAAGGAAAUUUUCAGCUGAUUGCUUGAACCCUUUGAUGGAAAUUGCUGAUUCAGUGAUUUUCAAGGACUAAUUCUUGGUGAUGAUGAAGGCUGAAGACAAAUCAAAGGCAAAAAACUUUGAUGAUGUUGUGAAGACAGAGAAUUGGUUGUUGUAGGAGUAACACGUGUGGGAAUAAGGUUUUUUGAAGGGUUUGUUAAAAAUAUGCCCUCAAACCAAGUAAUCCCCAAAGGAGAGUAUCCAACUCAAAGCUUGGAUGAGCUUUCAAAGAAAGCAAUGGAAAGCCUAGUGUUAGUAGUAGUAGUAGUCAAAAAGGUUCUAUUGUUGAAGUGGUAAUAUGAUGGUGUAGCUUCUAGUAUUCCUUUGAUGUUUUUGUGUUCUUCUCUAAAGUGCUCAGACUCUUCAAAAUAUCGCCGGGUAUGUAUUUGAUCCUUCAAAAAUUAUGUAUUAUUGGAAGAUCCAACACGGAUGCGACAACUUUCUUGGAGGGUUUGAGCAAUAUAGGUUUUUCUUGUACAUAUAUGAAGAGUAUAUAUGUGUUGUAGGUGAAUUAUUACGGGGGAUGAUUGGAGGAUUGUUCAAUCAUGUUGGGAUUAGCCUUGAACAAAAUCAAGAAAAGUGCUAAACCCCUAUUGCUUUUUUCCACAACUUGUGGAAAUGAAUCAUUGUAUCAGUUGGAUCCACUAUCCAAUGUAGUUAAAUGAUUUAAGAGAAUUCUAUGUUCUUUCCCU